UUCCGGCCUUGGUGCCACACCCCUUAACAUGGGCGAUGCCUACUUGGCAGAUUGGACUGUGGCUUACGCGCACCCAGAAUCUGGGGUCCUGUGGCUGGUGGCAGCUUGAAGCUGGAGAAAUUCCCCAGAUUGACGUCGACAUUUUUGAAGGCCGCAUCCCAGCUCCGAGACCGUCGUCAACAUGUCUGCUGUUCCCAAGCACAGCACAGCCAGGUUAUUCCAGACUGCCCUGCAGCGCUGGCCAAAAGAUCCCCUCCGUCCCGACUGCCAGCUUCAAGAUGUCCUUGCCAAGCGGCUCACCAAAGGUCCUCUUGCGCCAACCCUGAUCAAGGGAUUGAGCCAAGAGCAGGCAGACCUCAGGCAAACCAAUGCGCUCUUCUCCCUCACCGAGAAUCGUUACAAGAACAAGUAUCGUGUUCCGGAAUCCUUCCUCAAACCCAAGUUCAACCCCAACUACUACAGCGACAUCCUGAAAGAGCUCAAUGAGGCACCCACACGUUCUUAUUUCCAGAGGGUAGCCAAGAGGGUCCAGGGUAUGUUCCGCCUGGAAUGAUGCCUCGAUAGUAACGGCCAUCCAUGUACAUGACUGUACCAUAUGAUAUUUCUGCAUGAUGCGGCGUUUGGAGUCUGGGGGAAAGAAAAGGGAUACACGGUCAUAAUCCCAUAUUUUGUAUUCCAAUGUACAUACACCCCCCACCUUUUUGUCUACCCAUGCAUAAUGGGGUAUAAGAAAGAGCAAG